UCCUUAACAGCAAAAAAAGAGGAGUGAAAUUCAAAGAAAACAUGAUUAUCUUGACAGAAACGUUGAACAGAAAGAAGAUUUUUUUUUUAUUUCUGGAACAUGAAGAAUAUUUGGGAGAGAGAAGGUUUUAGAGGGUGAGUGAAAACUAGUGGAACCGACAUGAAGGAUAGGUAAGCCCUUACCAUUGCCAACGUGGAGGAAAUCAUCACCGUAGUAAGGUUCAUGGUGAUCGAAGGUCGAAGUGUCUUGUGUGACAUGGCUGUUUGACCCAGUAUCAGGAACCCAAGUGUGCAUUUGUUGAGAUCUGAAGUCUGCGAAAUUGGCAGAUGGUUGCUGAGGUGGUCGUUUCAUGGUAGCGGGAUCACGGUUACGGCAUUGGGAGGGUACAUGACCAAUGCCACACCUAUUGCAGGUUCCGUAAAUAGUGUUCUAAUUGGUUGCCCAGUUGAACUGUUGGUUUCUGUUUCCCCCUGUUUGCUGAUUGGACGAGCCUCGUCCACGACUGCGGCCACGUCCGCGAGAAUUCUGGGAACGAGAUGAGUAGAAUGCCUGAGCAGGUUGGUUAACCGGUUGUAGUUGUAAACCAAGUUGAGAUGCCAGCUGUUGUAGAGCUUGAAUUGUAUCAGCUUGAGGAGCAGAUGUAGUAGAGGGUAGUCGAUUGGUGGUAGCAGUAAAAGCUUGAAUAGGAGAGAUGGCAGGUGCAGAUUUCCGAAUCAUAUAGUCAUGAUCUGAUAAGAGGCCCUGUAGCUCGACAAAGGUGAUGGGAUGUUCUUAGGCGAGAAGGUUAGACUUAAGGCCAUUGUAUUCAUCGUAGAGACCGGAAACAACAAACAUAACGAGGUCCUUUUCUUUGACCGGUUCUCCAAUGUUUGCGAGGGCUUCGGCGUAUUCUUUGGCUCUGGAAAGAAAGGUAGAGAUAGAUUCUUCGGGUUGCAUCUCUAUCUUGAGUAGUUGUGACUUGAGGGUGUAUUCCCUAGAGAUCGAUUGAGGAGCAUAUGCACGUGCGAGGGAGAGCCAUAUAUCUCUGGAGGUAUCGCCUUGAACAUGUGGGAAGGAGGCUUCGGAGAUUGUAGAGAUGAUCAACAUGCGAACGUGUGCAUCAUUCAAGAUCCAGAUAGCAUAAUCUGGAUUCUGUUGAGUUUUGGGUUGUGCUUCGGUGGAUACACCUGGUAGUGUUUGAGAUGGACAUGGAAGAGAGCCAUCAACGUAUUGGAAAAAAUUGUUUGUGAUAAGAAACGGCUGGAUCAUUGUUUUCCAGAAACCGUAAUUUGUUGGAGAUAGGGUGAAAGCAAAUUUGUGUGAGUUGUGCGAGUGUUUUUCUGCUGUUGUGAAGGCUUGAAUUGCCAUGGUGAGCUAACGAAAAAGCCAGGAGAAAAAAAAAUGUUGUUGCAGAGGGUAGGGCCGGCUAGCUCUAAUACCAAGUUAACUUGGGUAAAUUGUGUAUUGUGUAUUAUACGGGUAAAGAUACAAAGGAAUAUAAAUAGAAUUCAUAUUUACAGUUAGCCUCCUCUAACUAUUCAAGUAAUCUAAUAUAGACUAAACUACUUUGUCUAAUACUAAGUGUCCUCCCAUCCCUCAAGAUUCUUGAUCUUGCAUCUUCUAAGUCAUUGGGAGGUUCCUUUCCCAUCCAAGGCAUGUUUAUCUUAAAAGAUUCAUCAAUAUAGAAAUCAAAUACAUUAAUUUCUAUAUUUUCUAAUCGUUUUAUUAAACCGAUUAGUACGUUUCUCUAUCUAAUUCAGAAUUCCUUCAUUUGUCUGAUUUGGAAGUCCUUCUCUUGAGAGGUAAUGGUUUCAAUGGAACUAUACCAAUCAAAGGUAACAUUCUUUCAUUGUUACACAUAAUUAACAACAUUAUUAUUGGUGUAAGAACUCAACCAAAGAUUAAAGAUUACAUAUAUGUAACCCACUCUUGUUGUCAUCCAGCUUUUGCAUCUUUCCACCAUCUGGAGGUCUUAGAUUUGAGUCACAACAGUUUUGUUGGAAGCAUCCCAUCAACAAUACAAACAUUAGCUUCCCUAAGAGCUGUCUCAUUCGGUUACAAUAAUCUUAAUGGCUCAUUACCUUAUCAUGGGUUUUGUGAGUUUUAAAAACCUCCGUGAGUUGGAUCUUAGUAACAACAUGCUCCAUGGAACUCUGCCUCAGUGUUUGAAAAAUCUAACAUCUCUUAACUUGUUGGAUAUUUCUUCAAAUCGAUUCACUGGAAAACUUGUGUCAUCACUCAUUGCUAAUCUUACAUCGCUUGAGUACAUUGAUUUUAGUCAUAACAUAUUUGAAGGUUCUUUCUCCUUCAGCUUGUUCUCCAAUCAUUCAAAGCUUGAGGUAAUUCGAUUUUCAAGCGACAAUGACAGAUUUGAGGUGUAAACCGAAGAGCCUAUAGGUUGGAUUCCACGUGUUAUCCCUGGGUUUCUAAUUCACCAACACAAGUUACACACAGUAGACUUGUCUCACAACUCCUUCGAGGGACACAUCCCAAAUUGGUUGAUCAAAAAUAAUAUGAAUCUACAAGUUCUUAAGCUAAGGAGCAAUUUGUUUGAGGGUAUAUCGCUGUAUAGGAAUGCGAAGAUGAAUUGGUUGGAUAUAUCUGGAAAUCAUAUGAUAGGUACUAUUCUCGACAACAUACCAAAGUUCUUUCCCAACAUUAAGUAUUUAAAUUUGUCCAUGAAUGCUUUAAGUGGUGUUAUUCCAUCCUCAAAUGGUGAAUUGAGUGAAUUAGAGAUGCUGGAUUUAUCUUGUAAUGGGUUAUCAGGAGAAGUACCAAAGGGAUUGUUUACAGGUACUAUGGAUACAUUAAUACUAUCAAAGAACAAAUUGCAUGGCCAGAUACUCUCAGGAAACUUAAGCUGGGGUUACCUCCAAUGGGUUUACUUAGACAACAAUCAUUUCACAGGGAAAAUUGGAAAUUACAACAAAGAAAGACCUGUAUAUCUGAUUGUUCUAGAUAUUAGCAAUAACUUUUUUACAGGUGUCAUCUCUGAAUGGAUAAGCAACAUGGAUGAGUUGUCUGAUAUCUCACAUAACGAAGACCACAAAACGAAGUUCAGUAUACAACAAAAAUGCUCUUUCUUAGCUACAAGGGUGGGAUCCUUGAUUACAUGGCGGGAUUUGAAUUUUCAUGUAACAAACUAACAGGUGAAAUUCCAGAAGAACUGGGGUUGUUAACCCAACUUCGUGCUUUAAACCUGUCUCACAAUCACCUCACUGGACCCAUUCCAGUGAACUUAUCAAAUCUUGCGAAGAUAGAGAGCUUGGACCUUUCUUCAAAUGGUUUGACCGGAAAAGUUCCAAUCGAAUUGAUUAAGCUGACUUCUCUAUCUAUUUUCAAUCUUUCUCACAACAAUCUCUCAGGUAGACUCCCUGAGAUGAAAGCACAGUUUGGCACCUUUAUGGAGGAAAGCUAUGAAGGGAAUCCUCUUCUUUGUGGACCACCACUUGAGAAUAAAUGCAGGGGCAAUGCACAGGUGGUGACUAAUCCAUGGGAUGAAGAAGACAAUGAGAAAUGGUAUGGUAUCGAUAUGACAUGCUUUUAUGCAAGUUCUUGUUCCACAUGUUUCGUGUUAUUAUUGGGAUUUGUUGCAAUUCUUUACACCAAUCCUCAGUGGCGUAGAAGGUGGCUAGAUAGGGUUUAAGAUUGUAUGUUUAUAUGUUCUUACUUUGUUUAUGAUUCUGUAAGCGUACAAGGUUAAAAUUGUCUGCUACACAGUUGAUACAUUAAAAUAAUAUAAAAUUUUGGAUAAAGUAUUGAUAACA